AUCUAAUACUAUCUAAUUCAGUGCUGUAUUUGUCAUGUUUUGUACCACUGACAAUUUUCAAAACAAAAAAAAACCAGUUUAAAGUAACCCCCAAUAUGUUUCAAGUACAGUGAUCAAGUCAUCUGAUUGCGAAAUCGCAAAUCAUUUUGAAUAAAUGUCAGUCACUUCAACAAUUCCAUGCCAAACACAUGUUGACCAAACAUUUAGGCUAAAAUUUAUUGUGCAUUUUGAAAAACGAUUAAUAAAUUGAAACCAGUAAACGCAAUUGAUUUAAAAAUAUUCUUAAGCAUUUAUUUAAAUAUUUCAAUCAAUGGUUAACCGAAUUCCGGUGCCUCAGGCAAAAUACGAGUUAUUAAAUAGUGUACAUCAAUCUCGUUGGAAGUCACCAGUGAUUUGUUUAACUCUUGUAUUUAUAAUUGUGGGAAGUUUGUUUUUUUUACGAGCUUGGUUGGACAUUCUUUCGCCAAGAAACUUGGAAUCUGGUCCUUUAUCCAGUGUAAUCAUUGCUUUUGAAGAUGCCACGAUUGCUGCGUGGGCACGCAGGGCUAGGAUGUACGCCGAAUCGACGAAGGAAAACCAAAAUGCUGACCGGAACACCACCGUUACCACGUCAGAAUUAUCCUCCAAUGCUUCUACAAGUAAGAUCGUCGUCUGCUACUUCACCAUACCGGGAGUCCUGAACACGUCGAAAGAGCUCAGUCCAGCUCACAUUGACCCUGAUAUUUGUACGCAUAUUAUCGUGGGUUUUGCGAGUGUGGUGAACUGUAACCUCAGUUUGGGCGCGAAUUCGGAGAUAUAUCAGGAGGUUGUAAAUUUAAAAAAACUCCAGCCCAAACUGAAGGUUAUGAUAUCCGCAGGUGGAAUAAAUGAGCUCAAUUAUGGAUUUCCAGAAAUGGUGAAAACUCAUGCAAACCGAAAACAAUUUAUUCGUUCGGUUUUGAACAUAACUAAAGUAUAUAAUUUUGAUGGUUUAGACAUUGAUUGGGAAUUUCCAGCUUGGUUAGGUGGUAAUAAAAGAGAGACAAUUUAUUAUGUUCAACUUCUUCAAGAACUUAAAAAAGAAUUUGUUAGAUCAGGAAGAGAUUUGAUAUUGUCAGCGGCUGUUGGAGCACCAGCUGCUAUUAUUGAUGCUAGUUAUCAUGUUCCCGAAAUAGCAGAACAUGUUGAUUUUAUCAACAUAAUGGCUUAUGAUUAUCAUUAUUAUGUUUGGUAUUUGCCAGUUACUGGAUUAAAUGCACCAUUAUAUCCAGGAAGACAAGAAACAGGAUAUUUAGCUACCUUAAAUGUUAAUUAUUCAGCAAUGUACUGGGUAUCGAAGGGAAUGCCUAAAGAAAAAAUUGUCAUUGGUAUUCCAACUUAUGGCCAUUCUUAUCAACUUUAUAAUUCACUGAAUCAUGAAAUUAUGGCUCCAGUUAAAGGAUUCGGAAGACUUGGGGAGAAAGGAUUUGUAUAUUAUCCAACAAUUUGUUGGUUUCUAAGCAUAGGCGCUAAUAAGGUAUUUGAUGAAGACAGUCGAACACUUUACUCUUACAGAUAUGAUGAAUGGAUUUCUUACGAUGAUCGCAUUAGUGUUCUAGAAAAAGCUGAAUGGAUUAAAUCAAAUGGCUUCAAAGGUGCUAUGUUAUUCUCAUUGAAUACUGAUGAUUGGAACGGCAGCUGUGAUGAUAAUAUUAACAUAACAUUCCCAUUAACACGUACAGUAAGUGAUAGUAUACUUAAACCACAAGUUGAAUAAAUUAUUCCAGGAGCUUAAAUACAAUUUUAUACUUUUCCUAUUUUUUCAUUGUUUUUUACCUAUUUUCGCCAUUAAUUACAUAAAGUAUUAAAUUUUCAUUGUUAUAAACAAGUUAUGCAAAAUGUAAAAAAUAAUUUAUAUAAUUUGAAUUUAAUUCAAAAUAUAACAUUAUUCCUAAGUAGUAUUAUUCGACUAAGAAGCUUGACUUAUCCUCGUCUUUUUUAUCCUGACAAAAGAAGCAGACAUUGAGUAAAUUUAUUAUUUCAAUUUUUAAACAAUUAUCUGAAAGGUAACAAAUUUGGUUAUUAUUAAACCUCUUUUGUAUACUAAAAGAUUAUUGGUGAUGUUAAAUAAUAUUUAUUCUUGUCUAAUUAAAUUGAUUCUUCAAGGAUAAUAUUCCUGUAUUUAUUGAGUAUAGUUAAUAAAAUUGUUAGCUAUUACCACUCAUCUAUUUAACGAAAAUUUUUAUUAUUAAAUUAUUUAUUAAUUGAUUUAUAUAUAUACCAAAAUAUGGUUUUACCAAUGAAUAAUACGAGUCCGUUAAUGAAAUAUGAAUUAUUGCUCAAACAACUGACGAACAUUUUUACACUAUCAGGCUUAAAAUCAUCUAAUUUAAAUUGAUUACAUUCGCGCACAUUAUGAGUGACACUAUCUGAUUUAUUUUUAUGAAUAAGUUAAUUUGAAAACAAUUAUUCAUAGAUAUUAUAAAUAAUAAAAAUUAAAUGUCUAUACAUUCUAAUAAAUUUGUAAAAAAAAAAAACUUAU